GGCGCCUGCGCAGUAGAGUCCAGCGCGGGUCUGACGCCUGCGCAGUAAGGGCGUGCUCGCGGCUCCCCAACCCGGUCCAGCGGCGCCAGUGCAGUCGGGAAAGACCGAGCAGACACAGCGCCUGCGCGAUCCUGGCAAGGUGGCCGUGGCGGUAGCGGCGAUGGAGCCAGGGGAGCCGCUGAACGAGCUAGUGUCUGCGGAGGGCCGGAACCGGAAGGCGGUGUUGUGCCAGCGCUGUGGCUCCCGGGUGCUGCAGCCGGGGACCGCGCUCUUCUCCCGCCGGCAGCUUUUCCUUCCCUCCAUGAGGAAGAAGCCGGCUCUGACUGAUGGCAACAGCCCUGAGGGCGACCUCCUCCAGGAACACUGGCUGGUGGAUGACAUGUUCAUCUUUGAGAACGUGGGCUUCACCAAGGACGUGGGCAACAUCAAAUUUCUAGUCUGCGCAGACUGUGAAAUCGGACCAAUUGGCUGGCAUUGCCUCGAUGACAAGAACAGCUUCUACGUGGCCUUGGAACGGGUUUCCCAUGAGUAACUGAGGGAGGGCGUGCACUCCACCCCAACUAUAAAAGCUACACCCCCAAGA